AUGUACUCGGGCGGCUAUGGCUUUGGCAAUGCCGGCGCAGGCAACUUCAACAACGCCGCACCGCAGCAGCAGCAGCAGCAGCAACAACAACAGGCGCAACAGCAGGGUCAACAACAGGGCCAACCGCAGCAGCCGCAACCACAGCAGCCACAGCAGAUGAUGUACAACCAGCAGCAGCAGCAGUUCGCUGGGAUGAACUCCCAGGGCGCGUUUCCUGGUGGCAAUCCUCAGAUGAUGCCGGGCGGCAUGAUGCAGAACCCCGGGAUGCAGCAGAUGGCCGCCAAUGGACAGAUGGCAGGUUAUCAGCAGCAGUUUGGCGGAUCGCCAUACAACCAGGUCCAGGUGAACCCCCCAAACUUUGCGGCCAACAACUUCAUGAUGGGCGCAGGCGGCAUGCAGGGCUUCCAGAUGCAGCAGCCUGGCAUGCAGCAGACACCGCAGAUGAUGCAGCAGCAAAGACUGGCCCAGCAACAGGCGAACCAUCCCGGCGUCAGCCAGGUGUCCACGCCGCAGAGACCGUCCAGCUCUACCCAGGGCACCCCGACGAACGCGAUGCCGACGCCGCAUGGCCAGUUCCAGCCGCCGCCGCCGCCGCCCGCACAGAGCCAGACGCCGACCAACUUCCAGCAGCAACCGGCCGACCAAGCCUCGACGCCCCGGACGCCGACAUUUGCGCAGAAUCAAGGGGCAGCCCAGGCUGUGGCGGCGCCCAGCUCGACUCCCAUGAGUCCGGGGACCGAAGCGCGGGACAAGGAGAGGUUUGCGCUGCUACUCGACAUCAACCACGAGCUGCUGUAUGAGUCAAUACAAAUACAGACCUCGCAGCAAGAGAUUAAAAAGGAGCUGGCGGCGGCGGGAAAAUUGACCCCUGAGCGCAAGCAGACAGAGGAGGAACUGGGACUGCAGAACGACUACAUUCAGUGCAUGAGGCGACUCCAGGCGAAUCUGUCUUACAUGGCGGCCAUGGCCGAUCGUAAACCAGACACCAAGCUGCCGCCACAUCCCGUCUACUUGACAGCCCCGAAAUUGACACUCUCCAUCAAACUCAGGGCGCAGCCGAUUGUGCCCGAAGGGAGCGACCUCAAGCUGGACCCCGUGACCGACCGGGAAGAGCGGGAUCUGGCGAUGAAGGAGCUGUACGCCCGCCUCGCGGCUUGCUACCCAGGCGUCGAUCCCAACAAGGAGCCGAGCCAACGACCGGCGGGAAUGAUGCAGAAGCCCGGGAACCCAGGCUUCCACCAGGCCAGCCCUACGACGCAGAAGACACCUCAGAUGACCAGCAUGGCGGCCCCGCCCAAUCCGAGCAGCAUGGGGUCGUGA